AUGGGCCUGGUGCGAGAUGAUACGUGGAUCCCGGAACUAUGGUCCCUUUUCGGUGUCGGGACUGUCAUUCUAUUGUCUCGUGUUGGGUUGCGGUGCUGGUUACACGGUCUCCAUCAGCCGGCAGCUGAGGACUUUGUCUCUCUUUUGAUUCCCGCCUUCUAUACUGUAUGUGCGGUCGGUUGCUAUCUCGUGUAUAUCAAUGGAGACAAAGUGGACUUCACUCAGGCUGAGAUCAAUGCCUUAACCGACGAAGAGGCUCGCCGUCUCAUCCUUGGAACGAAAUGGGAGCUUGUCUUAGCAUACUCUUAUCCCACCAUUCUCUGGCUCCUCAAGGCCAGUUUACUGCUGCUAUACUGGCGCCUAACUAGUGGGCUUGGGCGACAUCGCCUCUUAGUCUUGCUUAUUGGAGUUAUUUGUCUACUAACCUACAUUGGGGUCAUACUUAGUAUGUCCCUUGCGUGCAUUCCGUUCAGGAGAUUCUGGGAAAUCAAGCCGUUGCCUCCCAUCAAUUGUAUUCAACCACCGAAUAUCUUUAUUGCGUUGGCAGUUUCAAACGUCUUCACAGACUCUGGGAUUAUCGCUCUACCAAUUAUUUUAUUGGCGAGACUCCAGGUCUCCAAAGCAAAAAAAUUGAAGAUUCUCUGCUUUCUCAGCGCGGGAACAGUCGUCCUUAUCACUGCAGUCGUGCGAAUCUCAAUUACCCUGUGGGAACCAAGCCAGCUCAACUGGAAUCGGUGGCUGGGGCAUGCGAGAAAUGUUCAUCAACAUUAUCGCAGUCUAUGUCCCAGCCGUUCGCGCCAUUCUUCGAAGCCGUUCGCAAAAUCGACAAAGUUCGGUGCCCAGCGAGUCGAGUGUCCCGAUUAUGUGGCCCUCCAGUCCAUAUUAUCAACAUCUAUCGCUGGAUUUGGAAGCGUCCCCAACCGCUAUGGCCCCGACCUCGACAACCACACUGACCAACACGAAUCACCUAACAUCAUCAGCAGCCUAGACUCCGGCGCUGGUGGCAAUACUCCCUUUGCCAGUGGCGCCGAUGGCGUCUUCUAA